UCAAAACAACACAACAUGGCUUCGCUGAUUAAGGUGGUGGCGCUCUCUGGCUCUCUCAGGAAAGGCUCUUACAACACCGCUCUCAUUCGUUCUGGUAUUGAGCUAAGCAAAGGAGAGGUUGAAGGCAUCGAGAUUGAGUACAUUGAUAUUUCAGAUUUACCUUUUCUGAACACUGAUCUUGAGAAAGAUGGAAGUUAUCCCUCAGAAGUUGAAGCUUUUCGCCAGAAGAUUGUUGCAGCUGAUAGCGUUCUCUUUGCUUCCCCUGAAUACAAUUAUUCUGUCACAGGUCCUUUAAAGAAUGCAAUUGACUGGGCAUCAAGACCACCAAAUGUUUGGGCUGGUAAAGCUGGUGCAAUAGUAAGUGCUGGAGGAGGGCAUGGUGGAGCAAAAUCACACUACCAUCUGCGCCAAAUUGGAGUGUUUUUGGAUCUUCAUUUCAUCAACAAACCUGAAUUCUUCCUCAAUGUAUUCCAGCCACCACCAAAGUUUAACAGUGAUGGUGACUUGAUUGAUGAAGAUGCUAAGAACAGGUUGAAGGAAAUCCUUCUCUCCUUGAAGGCAUUCACCCUUAGACUUCAAGGAAAAAAUUGAACCAACUCUACUCCUAAAAAAUUGUUGCAAUAAGUCAUGGAACUUAAUUCAAAUGUAUUUCCUUUCUUUCGAUCCUUUGGUUAAAAUAAUCAUAUGAUGUUAAUCUUAUUAUUCCAUUUCUAUCAAACUCUAUUAUUCAGUA